AUGGACCCGUGGAAUGCACUUGGGUCUAAGAUUCUCUCAGGGGAUGCGAACUAUGCUAUUUUAAUGGGGGCCAAAAAGGCUCUUAGUAUGAUGGGGGACAACAAGGACAGCAUAGUAAGACUAUGUGUUGCUUGUGCGAACAACGACGUAUUCGACGCCAAGGAGUUGAUCGGAGAUGGUGACACCUCAAUAGUUAACAAGGUAGACUCUCAAGGAUUCACCCCUUUGAUCUAUGCGACUUGUUUCAAUCAGAAGGACUGUGUUAAUCUACUUCUCAGCUUAGGAGCAGAUGCCAAUCUACCUGAUCGUCGUGUCUGCUGGACACCUGUAAUGUGGGCAACGUACUUAGAUUUUGACGGAGUUGCUGAGACUUUGAUUGGAGCUGGUUCUGAUCCUUUAUUGAAGCCUGGAGACACAAAGAAGAACGCUGUGGAACUUGUGAAGCCUGGAACGACACUUUAUGAGUUUUAUAAGACACAUAAGUAUCUUGAUAAGCCAUCAGAGUUGUCAGAAAAGUCUGGAUUUUACCGGAAAGACCUUUUCUCAGGCUCAGAGGACGAUAAAGAGGCUACUUUUAAGGCCCAAAUGAAGCUUCAGACCUCUGGAAUGGCUUCUUUGGCAUUGAAAGACGAUAGACAUGAAACUAGAUCGAGUAGUCCGAAUUCGGCAAGGUUUGUGGAUGAUUCGUCAUCAUUUUUGGACGUUUCAAUGUCUUGGGACGAAUUUGACUUCAAUGUAGUUCUUCCAAAACAGUGUCUGAAAGUGACAGACGAUAGUGUUACCAUUACCAUUGAUUACGUGUUUUCAUUGGCUCAGAAAUACCCUUCGAAGCCCAUAUAUGCCUCUACAGUAGUAUUUAUGUGUCUUAGAUAUGCUGAUAACGUUAUGAAUAACGUUGAGGCUGUCGAUACUCUUAUGGAUUUUUUUCUGACUCGUAUCAGAACUGCCACAGGGACGAAAAGUGGAGUUGUUUUCCCCUCAUCCUCAACCUCUGCCUCAAAACCGGGUCUAGACUCCAACAAUCCACCUGCAGAUAUCGUCUCCAUUGGAUAUUGGCUAGGCUGUCUAAACAAUCUUUACUAUUUCAUGAGUAGAGACGUUUGUGGGUUCAUUAGAAAGUAUCCACGACUCGUACAGACUCUUGUGUCAACAUUCCAGCCUCUAAUAGCACAACUAGCGUUCACAUUAGACAGUAGACUUGAGUCUAUACUAGAACCAUGCCUAUUGGACUACUCUAGCGUUCCAGAUUUGGACAUUGUGUACAAAAGGAACAGCUGGAGACUCUUUGGGGGGAAGCAUAAACCAGUCAAGAAGACUACUUAUCAGGAGAUCUUGGAUAUGUUGUAUCCACCAUCUUUAGAAGAGCAGAUGAAACCAUCUCCAUUGAAGGUAAUUCAAACAUUGGGUGCUCUUCUCUAUGUUUUGGAGCUUUUCCACAUAAACGAUGAGAUCAAACAGCAAUGCUUCAGUAGUGUUUUGUACUGGUUGGGUAGCUCUGUGUUUAAUAGAGUGAUUGCCAACAAAAAGUACUGUUCUAGAGCAAAAGCCAUGCAGAUUCGGCUUAAUUUGUCCUAUAUCCAGGACUGGUUGAGAACAAAUAAUAUUAUAACAACGAAGACAAGUGACGUGAACUUCCAUAAUUCGAAGUAUCCGGAUGAUUUGUUUGAAGGAGAACAAGGAGUUCGUAUUAACGGUGUAGCCAGGUUCAAGGGUAACUCUUUUGACCCUUCAGAUGCCACUUUCUACUUCAAUUCGCUGUAUAAAAUUGGUCAAGUGCUUUUAGAGCCAGCCAUUGAGUUAUUACAAUGGCUACAAGUCAUGACAGCGAUCAAAGAUUUGCCUAGUCUAAAAGAGACUCUUUCAGACUUUGGUAGACUCAACUCUACCCAAUUGGUGAACUGUAUGAAGAACUAUAAUUACGAGGUGGAUGAACAGAAGGUGUCUAAAGAGCUCAAAAAAUGGUUGAAGACGUAUCCAUUUGAAGCCAAAAACCGUAGGGGUCUAUACUACGUGUCUGAGAAAGAGAAGGUGUUUUUGAAUGUUGGCCAGGCGUUCCCGGUAGCUUUACCGGGCUACUUACAGCUAUUACAUCAGUAUGGAGUGGAUUUGGAAUCAGUUAAUGAGCAAAAGGUCAAGAAAUAUCAGCCUAAUUUACCCGUUGAUGUUCAGGAUGACUUGGACAAUCUUGUGGAUAAGUAUGGAGGGUUGGAAGGGUUGGAUGAAGGAGUAGACACCAGUAAUGGUGGCUCUACGCGAGCCCCGGUAGGUACCAUGGGUGACCCGGUAGGUGCCAUUGGGGAUUCGGUAGGUGCCAUGAGUGACUCAGUGACAGCCCAGAAACAGUUCGAGGAUCAGAGCAGGGCCUCCAAUCUAUUUAAAUCGCUCGCUGUUCCUGGAACCAUUGCUCACAAGACUUGGACGACGAAUGAAGAACAGAAUCCUUGGUCGUAG